UUGCAAAAAUAGCAAGAUGGCAAUGCACGUUCCUAAACCGCCGGGCUUCGCCCAAAUGAUGAAAGAUGGUGCCAAGCACUACAGUGGCCUAGAAGAAGCAGUUUAUCGAAAUAUUGAUGCCUGCAGUGAGCUAGCAAAGACGACGCGGUCUGCAUAUGGUCCAAAUGGUCAGAAUAAAAUGGUCAUCAACCAUCUGGAGAAAUUGUUUGUUACAAACGAUGCAGCCACGAUUCUAAGGGAGCUCGAGGUGCAGCACCCAGCUGCCAAGAUGCUGGUCAUGGCUUCACAGCAACAGGAACAGGAAUGUGGUGAUGGAACCAACUUUGUCCUUGUUUUUGCUGGUGCAUUGCUCGAGGAGGCUGAACAACUCAUUAGGAUGGGUUUGUCUGUGACAGAGGUGAUUGAAGGUUACGAAUUGGCUUGUCAGAAGGCUUUGGAAGUAUUACCAGAAUUGGAGUGUGGCAAACUUAAGGAUCUGCGUGACAGGGAAGAAGUCAAGAAGGCCAUCCGAGCGUCUGUAAUGAGUAAACAAUAUGGAAAUGAAGACUUCCUGGCAGAUAUUAUUUCCCAGGCCUCUGUGUCAGUUCUUCCAGAGAAGGGGUUCUUCAACGUUGACAAUGUUAGGGUAUCAAAAAUUGUGGGUGCUGGUAUCCAUCAGUCAGAAGUCAUACAGGGAAUGGUAUUUAAACGUAUUAUCGAGAGUGACAUCAACAAAGUUGACAAUGUUAAGAUAGCGGUAUACUCAUGUCCCUUGGACUCCAUGCAGACAGAGACAAAGGGGACUGUUCUCAUCAAGACUGGUCAAGAAUUACUAGACUUCAGUAAAGGAGAGGAGAAUUUAAUGGAAGAACAAAUCAAGGCCAUAGCCGACACUGGUGUGAAUCUAAUUGUAACUGGAGGAAAGGUGGGAGAACUGGCCCUUCACUACGCCAAUAAGCACAAGCUUAUGAUCAUCCGAUUAAUGUCCAAGUUUGACCUUAGGAGACUUUGUAAAGCAAUCGGUGCAACAGCCUUACCUAGAAUUACUCCCCCAACAGCUGAGGAAUGUGGACACUGUGAUCAUGUUUACCAGGACGAAGUCGGCGAUACACCAAUUAUCGUUUUCAAGCAAGAGAAAGAAGACACUUCCCUGGCGACGAUUGUCAUCCGAGGAUCAACUGAUAACAUCAUGGAUGACAUUGAGCGAGCUAUUGAUGAUGGGGUCAACACUUUCAAGGUUAUGACAAAGGAUGGUCGCUACCUGCCCGGUGCUGGCGCGACAGAGAUCGAGCUAGCCAAGCGAAUCACAUCGUACGGCGAGACAUGCGCCGGUCUGGAACAGUACGCCAUCAAGAAGUACGCUGAAGCAUUUGAAGCACUGCCAAGAGCCUUGGCCGAUAAUGCUGGAGUCCGAUCAACGGAGGUUCUCUCAAAACUCUAUGCUGAGCAUCAGAAGGGAAGCGUGAAUGCUGGAUUCGAUAUUGAGGCUGAAGGACCAGAAACUAAGGAUGUCGCCAAGGCAGGAAUUAUUGAUCUAUACGCAACCAAGUAUUGGGCUAUCAAGUUUGCCACAGCCGCUGCCAACACCGUCUUGAGGGUCGACCAGAUUAUCAUGGCGAAGGCUGCUGGGGGACCAAAAGCACCAAAGCAGAAGAACGAUUGGGAUGAGGAUUAAUAGGAACUAGCAUACAUCUGAAUGUCUCUCAAAACAAUAUUCUGACAGCCGGGAAAGACAAUGAGUUUCAGGUCAAUUCCAGUUUGAUUCCAAAAAGUGCUUUUACAUGUACCCUGUAAGGAUUGCAUAUCAUAUUUGGCUGUCAGAUUAAGUGUCGAGAGAACCAAUCACCAAAGAUGAAUAAUGAAGGUCUGUGAGGCGUUAUAAGGACCGUGACAAAACAUAGUCCGUUUGUGAUGUUACAUUUCGAGCAAAAGGGCCUUGCUUGUGUGACUAUGUACAGAUCUUCUUCCUUCAUCUUAUCAACCUAAUCCUAUAAUCCUAAGUGUGUGUGUAGUUUUUAAAUUGGAAUACUGAUAUUUAUAAAUGUGAUCCAUUCGUUUCUUCACAGAGUAUUUGUGUUUGGGGUCUACCGUUAACAAUAUCAUUUUGGCAACAUUGUCUGUGGCAUAUCUCAUGCUGGUCAUCUCAUGUCCACCACUAUUGAUAAAGACCUGCUCCAUGACAAUAUCUUCAUUCAAUUAGCCUCAUGCUGGGCUGAAGUUGGUGUGGUAUACAUUCUGCAUGCUGUGAACAACAGGGAUUUGAUGCAAAUGGAUAAUUAUUUGGUUAAUUAGAUGGCUAUUUGCAUCAAAUCCCUGUAAGUUGUGGACGAUCCUGUGUGGUAAUGACUGACCCCAUUCGCACGCUUUUGCUCCUUUGUCUUGUGAAGUGGAGCAUGUGCUACAAUGUAUCUACGAACAAUUGUCCUGUUUUGUUACUGCAUCUUUUCAAAUAAAUAAGAUUAGUUCAAA